AAUUUAAAGAUGGACCUGGAAUUGGCUCCAAGAGACAAAGACGCGGAAGAAGUUUCAACGCCGAGGGCUGUCGCCAAAAAGACCACAAACAAGCAUGUCGCUGUAACAAGAUUGCUUUUACUCGCCCAUCUUUUUCAUAUAUGCAUUGAAUAUUCACUUCACAGAGUUGCGGAGUUAUUUACUAGAAAAGGACUUAUAUCUUUUGUCCUUUCGUUUCUUCUGUGCGGAGCACUAUGUCUUGGGUUCUUAAGAAAGCCCAACAUUUUACGCCCCCCUGAUCUCUAUCAAUCUGAAAGUACGCAGUGGAACAGAGACCAUCAUGACGCGAGAAAAGCAUUUCCAUCCAUAGAUUCGUGGAAAGUUUAUAUCAACAUAAAAUCAAAGUCUGGAGACAGCGUUGUCAGCGCUGGGUGUUUGAAUGAUAUAGCCUGGAUCCAUAGCAUGAUCACUAAUGACAGUUUUUACAAACAAAAUUGUAUCACAUCUGGAAUUAAAGACGAAAGCUGUAUGACAUAUAAUCCUCUGUUACUUCAAGGACUGAAUCAGAAAGACUUUGAAAUUGUUACCGGAUUUAACAAGAAUCAAUCCGAACAGGCUUUUGGAAGAGUUUUCCGCUACCACGAAGCCCUCUUUUUCUACAACAUUUCUUUGAAACAGAAYAUCUUCGUUGGAGGGGUUGUCUCGACAUACUUUAUUCAAAAGCCAGACAACAAUCAAGCAAGAACUAAAAUCAAGAGCUGGAUUAAGAACAUGACGUUGCAUUUGAAGGAAGAGAAGAAACGGCUGCAGUGUGUUGAUCUUGACAUCCUUGAAACCAGUAAUGCUGAGGACAAAKUAUGGGAAGUGCUACUUCUUCAAUCUACACCUGUACUUUACUCCCUUCCUGUGUUCCUCAUUGUGGGGUUUUUCUUUACCGUGAUCAUACCUCGGUGUCUCACAUCUCUUGUUGUCUUUCCUCUUUUUCUGGUAUCCACUCUGGUUGGCAUGGUUUGUGCAUUUUCCAUUUACAACCUUUUAGGACUACUUUUUAACGAGAUACUCUUUCUUGUACCUUGUCUAUUGUUCCCAAAGGCUUUCAUUGACUCGCUAUUGCUUGUAAAAGCAUUCGAUAAAACUGCUCAUUUACCUUCUGCAAAACGGCGCGCAACUGUYAGUCUAAGCGAAGGAGGCAUGGUUGUAACAACCACUUUUGUGAGCAAUAUUCUUCUUUUUGGUAUUCCAAUUUGGUCUUCCUUCAGAGGCAUCUCUCAUGUACUGGCGCUAACGCUUCUCACUGUUAUAGCAACUUACAUUACCACACUUUUCUUGUUCUUUGGUGCUAUCCUUUUGAUUACUCGCAAAUGUACAGAAAAAGAUACUUUGUUUCGCUGUUUAUCUAAACAAAAAUCACGACGUCAUGAGUACAAAAGAUUCAUGAAGUCUUGGGUGAACUUUUUGAAAACAAUCCCAGCAAAAGUACUUUUUACAUUGGUAAUAGUAGGCAUUAUUGCUUUUAUUACUUAUGUCUUUGCAACAAAGCCUGGACGGUUUAACCCUGUGGAUACGUUUAUCAAAGAAUCAGAUGUACUGAACAGUUUAGAGGAAAGGAGAAUCRAGAUUUUGGAAGACGAUAUAUCAGUUGUUUUCAAAGGAGUUAAUUACACACGUCCUUCUACAAGAACCGAUUUGACUGACUUCAACAACCAGCUGGAAAACAGUUUAAAUAUAAACACGUUGACAGGAAACUGUUUUAUAAUCGAUUUACAGAGAACAUUCUGA